UUCUUCAGAGUAAGACAACUGGAGACGGCCUGCAGCGCUAUCCAGAAGGCUAAAGCCAACGCUGACCGUCUCACCGACAGAUACCGCAGUCAACACAAAGCCGCCCCAGCAUUCGAUCACCCAGCGCCCCUGUCCUUGCGAGCCAAGCCUAAAUUUUGAUCUAUCUUUUUUGCUUCUUUGCUUCACUUUAUUUUAUUUAUUUUUUUCUGACGUCCUCUGCCGUUCUUGGCAAGGCACGACUCGUUGCUUGCUCGGGACAUUUCCUCUCCGGUUCCACGUGUAGUGUCCUUUAAGAAUCGGUGGAUGUAGUUCUUUACGGCUGCCGGUGCAGAACAGGAACGAAAAAGAGAACCAGAAACUAGUUUCUCCAAAGCGGUAGCCGACCCUGGAGGGCAUCGCCGACGGCCGGGACUUUCGUCGCAAGGGCGUGUGCCUCGCACGCCGCCGGCGACGAGAGGUGACCACCGUGCGAGCACCUCCGCCAGCGGCACGCCGCCGUAGCCGGCCGCGUAGUGCAGCGAGGGAAAGCGGGCCUAGCCGAGCGAGAGAGCGCACGAAAGGGAGAGGGUGUGCGAGGGGUUUACGCAGCGGCGAAAGCCGCCGCCGCGUUUGAAAAGGGAAACCAGCGUUGCUCCAGAAGUGACGGAAGAAGGUGGAGCGGGAGAGGGCAGUAGCCAGACGGGGCCCAACGGGGAGGCUCACUUUCAGAGAGGAAAAAACGGAGAGUAUGAACGAGAGAGGCGUGCGUGAGUGUGUGGAUUCGGUUCUCCCCUUGCCCUUUCUUCCGUCAGCCCGGCCAGCGCGGGACGGCCAGCAUCCCGAGCAGUCCAGGAACGAACCAUCGUCGCGAGCAGAAGCAGGAUUUGGCGCGUCUUUCUGCGAAAGCCUGUGAGCGAGUGCCGCGAUCGCCGAAGCUGCGGAGGACUGACCGAAAAAAAAACGAAAAGGCCACCCCGGCACCCUCGGAUUUUUCAUCUGCGACCGUCGGCAUCCUCAGCGUCAAUCGUUCUCCGUUCCGCACGGUUGUAUACCAUUACAGCGAUGAAGAACCGCGGUGUCUGCACGUCGCUGGCCUGCGCGCCCCUGGCCCUGCUCCUGGCGACGGCGCUGUCGCAGUGGAGCGCCGAGGCGUUCCCGCAGGGUGGUCCUGCCGAGUCUUGCGACUCGAUGCUGCCCCGGCACGUCUACACGGCGCCCAAGCCGGCGCACGAAUCUCCCUACACGUUCGUGGCUUCUGCCAACCGUUUCUCCUACCAGAACGUCGAUGGCAUCCAGGUCGAGCUGGGCGGCGCACCGUUCAAGGGUUUCUUCAUUGCCGCCAUGGACCCGCGCACCCAGAAGCGCAUCGGCACUUUCCUCAAGGUGAAGGGCACCCACCCGGUCAGCUGCAGCGCCGUCACGCACAACGACGCGCACCCCAAGAGUCACGUGUCCCUGCUCUGGCUGCCGCCCCAGAACCAGCCCGAGGGAGAGGUGGUCUUCAUGGCGACCGUCGUGGAGUCGUACGCUCGGUACUACACUGGCCUCGUGGCAGCCGUGCCUGCCGUGCCGACGCUGCAGUACAUCAAGAAGAAAUAGAAAGCCAACACACUUAGAACAAGAAUGGGAGGGGGCGCACCCAACAGCCAUAUACACGCGCCCGGGUUCACCUCCACAAGCGAAGAACAGUUUUUUUUUUUUUUUUUUUUUUUUGUACCCAGAGUUCCGGAAGCUGUCUGCAUUCAGCAACAGCCGCAGCCGACCCGUGCGUUCGUUGAUUAGCGCGGCGCGUUUGACUAUUCGAGUUUUCAUACCACAGUUACACAGCCUUUUUUUUUUUUUACCUGCACAGUGUUUGAAAUUAAAUCAAAGGGCGUGGCGAGUUGAAAGGCGCACCUAUGGCGGCUCAUAAGGUAGGAGACUUCGAAAUGGAACGUGCGCGACGUGGCCUCUCAGUCACGUCGCGCAGUGCUUAUUUACAGUAUAAAGACUUACAGUAUAAAGACACAUUACAAACUGUGGCUACUCCCAGCGUGUCGGCGCUUUUACCCUGUCACAGAAUACGCGCGGUACUGCCCGCGUGCAUGCUUGGCCUGAAGGGUUUAGGACCACAAAGAUGGCUCUAACGAAGGCAGUCUUUGGAACUUUGGGUGCAGUUGCUGUGCAGAGUAGUCCUUGCUUGUAGAGGUGAAUCGCCGACGUGUCCGUUCUGCGAUCUGCUGCUCUCAGAGAGCCAGCCCGUGUGCGCGAGUGGCGCCAGGGAUUCACAAACAUGUACAGAAACGAGCGUGUCUCGACGAGUUGCAAGGUCGAAAAGCUUUCGCGCUGUGAGGAAUCAUCGUUCUGUUUUGUUGUUUUUAAAGUCAGCUUUACACAAAGGAAUGGCUUCGUUCGAAUGUAUUUGCUAAAGAAAGGAAUGUUGUGAGCAAGAUUUCGUGUACGCUAUAUUCUUCCAGAACUCUUUAUACUCGUUGAACGCUUUGGCAGCGUUGAAUCGUACAUGUAGAAGCUACAGCGUCAGUGCAGUUGCAAAAUUGAGCCUAUAAUAAGUAGCGAUAGAUUUCUACAUAUUUAGUUGCGUUGAAUACGUUGCUUUGCACGCGGGAGGCUACGCACGAUCCGUUUUUAUGCCAUGUUAUCCCCGAUAAAACAGAGAUUGUGUGUUGCUAUCAAGUAAACUAGGAUAUAGAUGUAACAGGGACGAUGUUCGCUCGUUCAGAUUACCGUGUGUGCUUAACACUAGCAGUUUUUUUUUUUUUCUUUUGUACCAUACUUCCAAUAUUUGUAUUGUGUAUUUUUAAGUUUUGUUUCAAGGAUAGUUAUGUUAAAGAUUAUUUUUAAGAACAAGCGACACCCAUUGUUUCUAUUUUUUUAUGCACUCGCCGGUCUAUUGUAUAAUAAUACUCUCGCCAUACGACACCGCUACGGGCCCACAGAUAUACCAUGGAUGCAUGCGUCAUUUGUUGCAGUCGGUUUUCUUCAAGCGUACCUCUAUACUUAACGUAUUUAUUUGUGCGCAAUUUCGACUUGAGGCUUAGAAUGAUGCAGAUUGUGUGGUCCAGCUUUGUGUGCAAAGAACACGCAGCUUGCAGUGGAGCUUAACAGGAACGCUAUUAGCCAUGCUUUCUUUAACAAGUUCGACAGAAAGAAACCAAGACACUGUGCAUCAGCCACACUGGAGCUGCUGGAAAUGGUUUCCAGUGGCGCUGUUAAACGUUGAGCAACAUUGUUAAUAAAAAACGUCCAGAAAAAAAA